AUGAUCUUCACCGCCCGACAGCUCAUGGAAAAGUCAAUUGAACAUCAGGCCAAGGGAUUUUUUGUGUCUAUCGACCUGAAGAAGGCCUAUGAUUCAGUGCCUAGGGGGUGUCUGUGGCAGGUCCUCGGCCGUGCGGGAGUACCAGAAAAGCUUAUCAACAUCAUCCGGUCAUUCCACGACCCCAUGUCAGCAUCGGCGCAGUUCAACAACAUAUUAUCAGACCCGUUCAGCAUUGGCAAUGGUUUUCGCCAGGGGUGCUCUAUGGCGCCGGUCCUUUUUAAUAUCUUUAUGUGGGCCGUGAUGACCCAGUGGCAACACCGCGUCAGGAGAGUUGACGGGGUUGGCUUCGAGCUCCGCUCAGCAUACAGCAGCGAUCUAUACCGUAAACCCCGCCGUGACGACCAACACCAUUGCCUAACAGAUUCCCGGUUUGCUGACGACUCUUGUCUAUUCGCUACGACUCGGUCUGGAGCAGGGGCAGCAUUGUGCUGUCUUCACGAGGUGGCGUCGGGAUUCGGCUUGACCAUCAGUGCAACGAAGACUCAGUUUGUAGUUGUUGGCCCCGGCAUCACGCCUACUGACCGCGCUCCCCUCCAACUUGGUCAAGCGGAGGUGGAAUGCGUACCGCAUUUCAAAUACCUCGGUUCUGUAGUGGACAGCGGUUGCCGCUCGUCCCGGGACAUCGCCGCAAGGAUUGCCCAAGCCUCCAGGGCCUGCGGUGCUCUUCGGAGGUCUAUAUUCUCCAAUCUACAUCUGCUGAUGCACACCAAGCGGUGCGUAUUCAAUGCUUGUGUUCUGUCCCUGCUGUUGUAUGGCUCUGAGUGCUGGACGCCCCUUCAACAUGACCUGCCGAAGCUCUCAACCUUCAGCAUGAGGUGCAUCCGAUCCAUCCUCGGGGUCUCUCGAAGCCGGAUGUGGGAUGAACACAUCACCAACGAAGAGAUGCUGGUGCGCUGGGGAGACUCCGAGACGAUUUAA